AUUUGGUUCCAGCGGCGUUGCUCCACACACGAAGAAGGGGGCGGGCGCGACGAUGGCCGACUAUGACUCGGACUCCAAGCGUCGAUCGAGCAAGAAGAACUUCAGAGGUCGUGGCCAGCGGGCGGCAGGUCUCGCCAGCAGCCGUAGUGUCUUCGACAGACUCGACCAAGGCGAGUCCAAAGCCGCAAACGUUGGCCAAAAGAGCGUGGAAGGAUACGUCUUGUUUGUGAGCAACGUGCAUGAAGAAGCUCAAGAAGAAGACUUGCUGGACGCGUUUCAGGAAGUAGCAGAAGUCGCAAACAUCCACUUGAACCUCGACCGGCGCACGGGAUUUGUCAAAGGGUAUGCGCUCUUGGAAUUCAAGGAGCUCGACGACGCCAAGGAAGUGAUCAAAGAAAUGAACAACAAGGACCUGCUGGGCAACCAGCUCAAAGUCGACUGGGCAUUCGUCAAGGACGGUGGAGAUAGCAAGGGCGGACGGUCUUCUCAGCAAUCGGCUGCCCGCAGCCGACGACAGUAGUUGCUCAUUUUGCACUGAUCGCGGUAACCUCUCAACCAGUACGGCUUUAUUACAUGUUCCAGCGACGACAUCCCAUCGCGACGUCCUACGCGGUUGUGAAAAGACAACCUUAAUAGCUCGACAGCACGGCUGAGCCACGUCGACCGCGUGUACUUCUUGUGCACCAUCCAACGAUUGCCACGAUGGUCGUGACUGUCCACCUCCUUCUCACCGUCUUCGCGGCAUCAUGGACAGGGAGCCGCCGUCCGAUCAACAAGAUGAGGGCAACCACAAAACAUCCAAGCAUAACUUAUCACUUAUACACAUUACACGAUUCA